GGAGUUGUAGUCCCGGCUGCUGUGGGAGGCGCAGUCUGAGCGCGGGGCCCCCACCGUGGCCGUGAGGGCGGCGCGGUGUCCCUGAGGAGAGGCGAGACAGCCUCUUCUGGUGUCCGUGGCCCUGCCUAAUCCCCGCAGCGGGGCGGGCACGGUCCGGCAGCCAAAUCCCGGUCAGCUGAGAAGCUCAGGCGGGCUCGGGGAGGUGGCGAGCGGAGCUGAGCUCCGGGAGGCAGGAGGGAGGGAUGGCGCCCCGGCACACGGUAACCCCCCGUCUUUGUCUUUAGUUGCGGGAGGCUGCGGGUUCUGCGCGGAGUUGGAGAAGGACAGUGCAUGUACACAGUGUAAGAGAUGGGAAAAGCUCCCUGAGGCUGCUCUGAGGCUUUGUCGAAGUUGGACAUCUCUGUCACAAAAAAGUUCUGAACCGUUGAGGAGGGUCCCAAUGGGCGGGGAAAAAAAAAACCCAAAACAAACAAAACAACAACAACAUAAAAAGCAAAGCUAUGUAUUAGCACGUUAGUAAAUUAAAUUAUUUGGCAAUUUAUUUUUUUUCAUGUAACGUAGUUUAUUAAAUUUUGCAAAGGAAAUCUAAUUCAGCCCAUGCUCAGAAUGGAGCACCAGCCCCUGCUCAGAGGGUCUAGCUCGCCCUGCAAGGUAAGCAGAACCAUCCUGGCCUCCGAAGGUGGAUCCUGCAGGGAGUUUGUACUUUUAGCAAUGAUGUACAGCUGUGAAAUAUGCGGGUAUUUCAUGUUAGCUUUUAAAUAGAAAUAUAUUAAGUGAUUAGACUCAUAAAGUUUUGUGCUUUCCUUGGACGCCUGGCUGUGUUAAAAUGUGGAAGUUAUAAAAGCAGCUUUCUGAUUCUCGUGUUUUACAUUGAAUACGUAUUGAAUUUUGUUUGUGUUAUGUUUUUGAGAUGAGGUGAACGCCCUUAUAAACUGUCAGGAGUUCAGUAGCUGACAGAACACGAGGCUGUUAUCCGUGUUCUCUCCAAAGUCCAAUGUGAGAUAGCAUGCCAGUGUCACGAGCCCAGAUGAUUUGAGCAGGAAGAACAAAAGAUCUGUCAUAACAAAACCUAAGUUAUAUGAUGUAUGUUCAUUAUUUUGGGUUGUUUGUUUCUCUACUGUCCCUUCUAGAUUCCAGGCUGUACCCACAAGACACACAAAAUAGCUUUCCAGUACUUUGUUAAUAUAAGGGUCUGAGUGUGCAGUGCCAGUAUUUACCACAUCAAGUUUUAUUUUUUCCUGACAUACCCACCGCAGCCCUUAUUACUCUUGAUUCAUUGCUUUGGUUGAAAUUCAGAGAAACACUUUUUAUUCUUGGAAACCAUAAGGAAAUGUUAAUAGGAUUUUACUUUAAUAUGAUCAAUUUCAACUUGCAAAUUUUAGUCCUGAACGAAGGAAGGAAGUUUUGAUGAAUUAUCUUUAGGAAGGACACAGCUCUUUCAGAAUACAGUACAGUCUCUGGAAUAAAUCAGCAGUUCUGGGAACUGGACCAAGAAUGAGAAUGAUGAAGAAUUAGUUGGUCUACAUACCUUACAAUGAGAAACUCAGGGAGUACAAGUUUAUUAAAAUAAAUAUGUACAGCCUUUAUAUAUGAAGGAAAGAGAAAUUAGAUCACUAAUCAGAUCAGAGGUGCCUUUAAUAUAGGAGAGCUUGUUGUGUUGAGCAGAAGUUAGCCAGUAAAAUACUAUGAGAUGAAAUUAGGACCUAAUUUAAAAUGAAAGGCUUGCUAGCAUUUGAGCUGGAUGUUACUUUUAGUAUGAUCAUAUUCAGUAAAAAGUAAACUUAGUGAGCACUGCAUGAGAAUAUCAAACACUGUACAAAUCUCUGGUGAUCUCUGGCCAGGGGGCCUCAUCCAAAGCAUUUUUUAUGACCAGUUAGAUUCUUGAGAUUUGAAUGCAUCUCAGUCCUAGUUUUGUUGACCUUAAAACCUGUGAAUCUGUGACUGUAUGAGUUUUAGUUUGUAAAUACUAAUUUGAGAAUAUAACUAGGUCACAGAUAUUGAAAAAUUAAAAAAAAUAUAUGCCAAUAUGCCAAUAAACUUUAAAUUUAAUAUUAUUGCCAGUGAACAAAUUAUUCAGGCUUUGCAGCUACCAACUUGCAGACAUCAAGUAAUCAUUUUAGGGACUUAAAAUAUUGUUUAAAGGAAAAUAAAAUAAUGUUACUUCUCACAUCUUGGUUAAAAUGUGACUCACAGAAAUUGAGCUUUGGUUAAUUCUUAUACCUAGUCCUUAUUUCUCUAAACACCAAACAUAAACUGUCCUAGCAUUCUUUCAUUAAAAACAGACACUGUGAGCAGUGUGGCUUAUGCAAAAAACAUUUACUCAGUUUCUAAUAACAGCUGUAAUGGUUUUGUUGCCUACACUUAAUCUGGAGACCUGUAAUUAUGGUAUUUCUAAGGAAGGUUAAUUAUCAGGGCCACAGCCAGCCUGAAAUGCUUCUGCUGCAAGUGUUCUGGAGUUCAGGCAUUUUUUUUUAAACAAAUACUUUCACUGCUCCAAACUAAAUAAAUGAUGUAUUUCACCGUAAUUUUCUUUUAGAUAUUACAUGUGUGUGGGCUCAAGGUCCUAUCUCUUUUCAUGCCAAUGACUUUCUUUUGUUCCCCAGCUUCCCAGCUGGACGUUGUUCCUGGCUGUUUGUGCUGUUGGAAUUGGAGGGACCUUUCAGUAUGGGUAUAAUGUCUCUAUUAUCAAUGCACCCACACAGGUAAAAACUCAUCUUUUGUUCACUGGACUGUCUCCUCUAUGAACUCAGCCAAGAGGCCAAACAUGUUUUUGCUGUGAUGGCAGUGGGAACAGAAGCAGUCUUCCUCUCAUAUGAAGGAAUCUUUUUAAUUUCCCACGUGGUUUCAUGUGCAUUUGUUUCAUAUACACAAGUUCUUAAACGAAACCUGGAGUAGUCGUUAUCACAAGGAACUGAAUUCAGAUUUGCUGACUUUUCUUUGGUCUGUCAUUGCUUCCAUCUUUUCCCUUGGAGGCCUGUGUGGAGCCCUGAUUGGAGGCAGCAUGGCGAUACGGCUGGGCAGGAAAGGAGCUCUUUUGAUGAAUAAUGUUAUAGCAAUUCUAGCCUCCAUUUUAAUGGGAAUCAGUUUCCCUACAGGAUUGUUUGAGUUACUGAUUGCUGGAAGGUUUUUGAUUGGCAUAAAUUCAGGUAUUGGGCUCUGUGUGCAGCCUCUUUAUAUUGGGGAGUUUGCCCCAAAACACUUAAGAGGUGGCUUGGCCAUGGGGACUUCCAUCUUUCUGACUGGGGGAAUUCUGACAGGUCAAAUAAUUGGUUUGAGAGAAUUAUUAGGUGGAGAAAAGCAUUGGCCUCUGUUGCUAUCCAGCAGCUGUAUUCCAGCAUUAGCCCAACUUUUAUUCCUUCCAUGGUUUCCUGAAAGUCCCAGAUAUCUUCUUAUUGACAGAGGUGAUGAGCUGAGCUGUGCCAAAGCUUUGAAACGAUUUCAUGGCUCCUCAGAGUAUCGAAGGGAGAUGGAAGACAUCCAGCGGGAAUGUUUUGCCUUAGAUGGGGAGAAACCCAAGAAGCCCUGGCAAUUAUUCACUGACCGUGGUGUGAGGUGGCAGCUCAUCACUGUCAUUGUGAUGACAAUGGGCCAACAGCUCAGUGGCAUUAAUGCUAUUUAUUUCUACGCAACUUAUGUUUUUGAACAAGCUGGGAUCUUGGCAGAAAAAAUCCCGUAUGUGACACUGGGCACUGGAGUUUGUGAAUGUGUCACAGCCCUCUCCUGUGGUUUGCUGAUAGACUAUGUGGGAAGAAGAUACCUUAUCAUUGGGGGUUAUCUCCUCAUGACUCUCUGGUGCACUGUUCUGACCUUCUCUCUGACUUAUCAGGAGCUGUACUCCUGGGUGCCUUACAUGAGCAUGACGUGUGUAUUUGCCUUCAUCUUGAGCUUUGGGCUGGGCCCAGGUGGCAUAACAAACACCCUGACAGCUGAGCUAUUUGUACAGUCCUCACGUCCUGCUGCCUACAUGAUUGCAGGGACUGUGAGUUGGAUUAGUUUCUUCACAGUUGGGAUGCUCUUUCCCUUCAUAGUGAAUGGACUGAAGCAGUAUUGUUUUGUGGUGUUCUUACUGGAGUGCUUCUUUGUUGCUGCUUUCAUCUUUCUCAUAAUUCCUGAGACAAAAAACAAAUCUUUUCUGGAGAUCAAAAAGGAAUUUCACAAACUCAAUUAUGGAAGAAAUGCCAGGAAAAAGGAAACGGAGCUUUAUGAAAGAAGACAACUUCAAGAUGAAUUUUUAAAGAUUUCUGCAUAGUUUCACAAAUGCAACAGAACUUCAGUGAGAAUUAUGAACAUAGCCAUCUAAAUUAGGAGUGUAAUACAUGAUCAAGUGGCUUAUUAAAUCUUCCUGUGUAUUUAGAGGAAGUGUAAUUAAAGGCAAGUUAGUAUUGCUGAAGUACUAUUAACAAUAUACUGUGUUAUCCACAGAGAACUUGAUGUUUAGCUGUAACCUGGUGCUGUACAGAUGCAGAAAUGCCAGGGAGGAUGUUCACUGAGCCUUUCUGGCAGAUUUCUGCAGAUAAUUCAGACUCCAAAGCCCUGUCUUCAGUUUGGAUCAUUUGGUGCAUACAAAUGCUUUGCUCAGUGUAACAAUCCGAGUUCUUGUUAAAACCUACAUGAGAACUGAGAACUGAUAUUUGAAAUACCCCAGUUUAUGCAGGAAGGGGGGUAUUUAGUUUCUGUUUUUCCAAUUAUGUAAUCUGGAAAGCCUUAAAGACAUCCCUCAUCCAGUCCUAUUACUGUACUGUAAAAUGCAAGUACAGCACCUCUCUGAGUUACUGGUAUUUGUAAUAAAGACUUGUAUCCUGAUAGAAGAA